GCUUUUGUCAUUUUAGUUGUGCACUGUCGAAAUGCGGCGGCGACAGCCGGACCAAGUGCAGCCACAACUGCAGCAUACGAGGCCACUUCAUGCAGAUCGUUGUAACGCCAGAAGCAGCCCCGUCGUCCGACCCUCGUCCUCAAUGUCUCGACCGAACCAAGCGCCGCGCGGGGUGGGCGAGCAGAGUAUCAUGAAGCGCCGUAAUCGAGAAGACUCUUUGUCCAUGUACACGGGCGUCGUCAAAGGGUUGUCCCAUAUGAACGCUCGCGCGGACUGGGAAACCAAGUUGCACGACAAGGCGGGUGUCCGAGACACGUUGAACGUGCUCAAGACACUGAAAAACCAGGACGAGUCCAACUUGGCGUCGCGCCGACUCAAGCUCGCGACGCUCAUGAACGCCGAGAUGGACGCGUGGAAGCAAAUGUGUCUGCACAACGUCGAGUCGCCCGAGGAGCGCAAGCAAAAGAUGAUCGCGCGGGCGACGGAGCUCAAGACGCGGCGCGAGGCCGCGCGCAAGGCGUUUGUCGAGGAGAAGCGCCAGCAGCAGUACCGCGAGAGCUGCGACGACAACCGGACAUUGGAGUCGGCCCAUAUCGUGGCUCAGGUCGUGCAAGAUCGCGACAAGCAAUUGGAGGAGCGGCAGCGCAUUUUGGAAGAAGAGAAGGCGUUCGAGGCGCGGAUGGCCGAGCUGUGGGCGCAGGACAAGGCCAAGAAGGACGCACGGGACAAGGCCGACGUCCAGCGGAUUCUAACCAACAAUCACGACGUCAAGACCAUCUUGGAUGUGCAAGUGUCUCUGAUUCACGCCCGCCAGGCAGAGGAGGCAGCGAUCAAGGAGCAAGAGGAUCGCGACCUGCUCGCGACGUGGAAGCUCCAUGAGCAGAUUGAGAACGAACUGGAUGCGGAAAUCAAGCGCAAGGCCGUGGCGCGGGCGAUGGACGUCAAGAAGUUCAACCAGACGAGGUCCGACCUGACGGAGCGACAGGCGCGGCGCGAGCACGAGUACGACACGCAGCUGCUGCAGCUGGCUCUCCGCCAGGAAGCCGAGACGGACGCGCGGGAGCGGGCGCUCCAGGAAAAGUUCAAGCGCGACCAGUUGGAGUACCAGGCCAUGCUGCGCAAGCAAAUGGCCACCGAAGCAGAAGAUUUGAGCUACUUGGACGCCAUUCGCAAGAAAAUGGAGGACGAAGUGUGGGCGAAACGCGAUGCCGAGCACCGCGCCGAAGACGACGCGCGCCAAGAACUGCUGGCGCAGGUGCUGCAGUCCCGGCAAGACCAAAUGGAGCGCAAGGAGCUCCGCAAGGCGGCGGACGCGGCGGCGGAUGCGGCGUACAUGGCGCGGAUGCAGCGAGAGUCGGACGAGGCGCUGCAGAAGGAGCUGACGGACCAGGACAAGCGCAAGUGGGACGCCAAGCGCAACCAGGUGGACGUCGUGGCCCAGAAGGCGCAGACGAAAGCGCUCAUGGAAAAGCAAAAACAAGCCGAGUUCCUAGACAUGAAGCGCAUGGCGCUAUCCGAGAAGCAGCACAAGCUCAAACUCGCGCAGUUGGCCACGCAGCAGCCCACGCUCAACUACCGAAGGAAGACGUCCGAGUGGUACUUUGACACGUAGACAGACUGGUACUAGUUGGUGCUUACUAGUUAGUAUACAUCUACUACUUGAAUCUGUCGUUCGUUCG